UUCACAAUAUUUUGGUGACGUGUUCCAUUAAACAUUGCGUGGUAAUUCAAGGAAUGUUUCUGGUAUAAAAUAACAAGUUUGUUCAGUUUGUUAAUACUGUUCAAAAGCUAUCUUUUAAGAAAUAGACUACCUGCAGGAUCAUCAUGACCACCUGGAUUCUUGUUUUUGCUAUUUGUGUGAUGGCAGCCAUAGCCGGCAGCCACGAGCAUGGAGAUGAAGGAGAAUAUGGAAAGCACAACGAAUGGAGAGAAGUUAUGUGCGAAAAAGCAGACGAUAAUCUUUAUAAAGACAUGGAUGCCUGCUUCCAAUCGGAGAGUAAGUUGGUUCGAGAUGCUUUCACUGGUUGCGCUGCAAAAGCUCUUCCAGAAUCCAGUGGUUCUGGUACGGAAUUUAUGAAUGCUGCUUGCAAAGAUAAAUCUUUAUUCGUGAAAUUGGAUGAAUGUUUUGAAGAACACGAGGCUGAUGAAGAAUUUAAGAGACGGGAGGAAAUAACUCCUGAUGUAAAGGCAUGUUAUGUAGAAGUUUUGAAGAAAUACGACCUGAAUGAUCUCUUGCAUUAUCUCGAAGAAGAAUAACUUCUUAUCACCUGCAAGUAUUUGCUAGACAGUAUUUUGUAAAAAAGCAUAUAAUAGUAGUUGUUAUUUUAAAUAAAAUCAUUUUAAAGCAA